UGGUGGCUAUGUGCGGCACGGGGCCAGCACGUCUAGUCAGCUCAAAGUGCCACGACUUCACAGCAGACCAGGAAUUCGCCAGCAGAGUGAGAGGAAGAGUACGGGAAAAAAAAACCCAAGUCAACCUGAUAGCUGGAUAAAUAGGUAGCUUUGCACAGAAGUCACUUCAUCUAAUAGUCAACGCUUUUGCCCUCUCUCCGUUCCCUUUGAAGCAAGCAGACGUAGCUACAUCACCAGCGAGGUUAACUGAAAUUGAACAAUGGAUAUCUAUGACCCUCAGACCCUUGGGAUAAUGGUGUUUGGUGGAUUCAUGGUGAUCUCUGCUGUUGGGAUUGUUCUUGUCUCUACCUUCUCCAUGAAGGAAACCUCUUAUGAAGAGGCCCUGGCUAAACAACGCAGAGAGUUGGGUAACAUGCAGUCUUCUCGCUCUGAGAAAAAGAAGAAGGACAAGGUAGCUGAGAAGAAGAGCCGUGGAAAGAAGAAAGAGGAAAAGCCCAAUGGAAACAUCCCAGAGCAGGAAAAAACUGAAAAUGCUGCUGAAGCCGAAACCAUCAUUGAACCUGCCAGUGCCCCAGGUGUAGCUACUGCUCCUCCUCCUCCUCUUCCUCCUCCUGUCCCUGAACAUGUCCCUGCUUUUGAGGUUAAACCAGCUUCAACUCCAGCGCCACCAGACACACAAACCAAAGCUGCUGCUAAAGUAAGCCCUGCUCUCACUGAGCCCUCCCCUGCACCUUCACCUAAAGAGAAAAAAAAGAAGAAGUUGGCUAAGUCCGAACUAGCUUCUACCCAAGCAGCUCCACUCGUAUCUGCCCCUGAACCAGUCAAGUCCUCUGCAGUCCCUGCAUCAACCCAGGCCCCUGUGUCUGCUCCACCGGCCAAGUCGGCCCCGGCCAAGUCGGCCCCUGCCAAGUCGGCCCCUGCCCCUGCACCCGCCAAGUCUACUGCAGCUCCAGUAGACUUGGGUGUCUAUGUGGUGGACUAUGUCACUAACGAUGUCCCAGUGAUGGCAGUGCCCCCUGUGGGAUUGCAGCAGGCUCCUACUGUUGUUGUAAAAGCACAGGAGCCAAAGAGGAAGGCCUCCAAGAAAAAAACUGAGCCUGUGGCAGUGGUAGAUUCUGCUGAUGCUCCCCUCUACCUGCCCUACAAGGCUCUGGUAUCCACCAUCAGCAGCAUGGUGUUCAGUGAGGGAGAGGCUCAUAGGCUCAUCGAGAUCCUGUCUGAGAAAGUCGGCAUCAUUCAGGACACCUGGCACAUGGCUACUCAGAAAGGAGACCCAGUGGCUAUGCUGAAGAAACAACUGGAGGAGAGGGAGAAACAACUAGCAACAGAACAAGAGGAUGCUUCUGCAGCAAAGAACCGUCUAAGAGAGCUCACCAAGGAGCUGUCUGCAGAGAAGUCCAAGGUGGUCAGCGUGGAGGCGAGGCUGAGCUCCCAGCUGAGUAAGAAGGAACAAGAAAUGAUUGCCCUGCAAGCUCGCAUGCAGGCCAGUUACCAAGACCAUAUAGCCCAGACCCAGAGGCUUAAUGCAAAGGUAAUUAGCCUGCAAGACCAGCUGGAAAAGGGCCCCAGUGCCCAACUUGCUCGUCUCCAGCAAGAGAACUCCAUUCUCCGUGAUGCCCUCAACCAAGCCACUAGUCAGGCUGAGAGCAAACAGAAUGCGGAGCUGGCCAAGCUACGUCAGGAAUGCGCUAAGUUAACCAAGGAACUCGGAGAGAAGACAGAAAGUGGGCAUGCUGAGGAGCACAUCAGGAAAGGGCUGGAGGCCAAGAUCUCAGCUACUGAGAAGCAACUCUCCCUGCUACAGGUCAGCCAUGCGGAGAGCGAGCAGGCAUUACAGAGGAGACUGGAGGAGGUGUGUGAGGAGCUCAGAACAACACAGAGUAGAAAUAGCAGUCUGCAAGCCACUUUGGAAAAGGCCCAGCAGGACAGCAGUGCACUCUCAGAAUUUCAAGUGCACGUGGGGGGAUUGGAGGCUAAGAUCAGGGAGCGCUCGGCUCAGGUGGAUGCCCUCACUGCCCAGCUGGAGGAGACUCAGGCAGAGAAAAGCCAGCUUGUACAGCAGGUGGCCUCCAUCAACUCACUGCUGGAGGCCAGUCAGAGCAAGGCAGAGGAACAAACCAACCAGGUGAAUAUAGGAGAGCUGGAACAGCUAAAGAUAAGCCUUCAGGAGAGAGACAGCCAAUUGAAUGCUCUUCAUGAAGAUCUAAAACAGCUGCAGAUGAAGCAGGAAGCUGCCGAGAACACUAUCAUUGAACUUGAGCAAAGAAAUAAAAGGGAGGAUGCCAGUCUUAUCGCAUCACUUCAGGAUGAACUUAAGACUCUCAAAGAAGAGAUGGUGCAACUUAAGAGCAUGCCACAGUCAGAUAGGUCCGAAGAGCUCAGACAACUACAGAACAGUCUGUCUGAGAAGGAUGCCAUUGUUACAUCACUACAAGAGGAGUUGAGGGAACUGAGAGAAAAGACAACCAAUGACGCACAGAGCACCAUGUCACAGCUGACAGCUUUUCAAACCGAAACCAAAGAACUUCUCCAGACUCUGUUCCCACAGAUACCCUUAGACACAGAGCAGUCCAAGUGGUUGCAAGUAUUUACACAGAAAGCUCAGGAAUCUCUGAGCCAGCAGAGCCAGGAGUCUCAGUCAAACACAGCAUUGCUGGAGCUGCUUGAGAAACUGAAGGAGGCUGAGGAGAGCCAUGGCUCCCUUCAGGCUGAAUGUGACCAGUACAGGACAGUCCUAGCUGAAACGGAAGGAAUGCUGAAACAUCUACAGAAAAGUGUGGAGGAGGAAGAGCUGGUAUGGAAGUCCAAGAUGGCUGACUCAGAAGAACAGUUGAGGGCGGCUUUGGACAAAGUCAGUAAGAUGGAGGCAGAAAACCUAAGUAUAGAACAGUUGAAGGAGCAAAUGAUGCUUCUGGAAGCCCAACUGGAGAAGCAGUCAAACAACCAGGGGACCUCAGAGGAGAUGGAGCAGCUGAAGCUGCAGCUGUCACAGUGUCAGAGCCAGCUGGAUUUGGCCCAGAAGGAGGCCCAGGCACAUAAGGAGGAGCUUGCACAGGUCAGAGAGCAGCUGGGUGAGAUCACGAUGCUGGCUCAGCAAGAACACAAUGGUCCAACUCAGGCUCAACCCAGUCAGAUCCAGAAUGAGCUGAGUCAGACAACUGAGAAACUGCACAGGGAGGCGGCUCAGAGGCAGCAGUUCUCAGAAGAGUUUGAGCAGGCCCAGAAGACUAUAACAGAACUCCAGGCUCAGCUGGAUCUGCUGAAGGACUCUGCAGAGUCACCACAGUCUGAGACAGAAGAUGUUGUUCAGCUCAAGGAGCGCCUGGAGAAGGAGAAGAAGCUGUCCAAAGAUCUGGGCCAGGCAGCCACAAAGCUCCAGCAGCUUCUCAAGGCUUCUCAGGACCAGCUAACUAAAGAGAGAGAUACGGUGAGAACACUACAGGAGCACCUGGAAGGCAAGGGACAGUAUGUGGCGCUGAAGGAAGGAACAUCUGUCUGAGAGGAAAUUUACAGUGGACACUAUACAAAACUGCCAAAUAUGCCUUAUGAUUUCCAUAGUUUUUCAUUCCAAAACUUUUUUUUUCCUCUUGUACUGUAGGUGAUUGCAUUUGUUGCAACUCUAAGAAUCAUGUUUGGUACUAUGAGCAUUUCAAAGUGUGAUUAGAGGAGAGAAUCCUGCAAAUUUAAAAAAAAAAAAUCCACAUUCUUUCAGCAAUUCUGGCUAUGUCAGAAGCUAUUUAUCCCCAUGUCUUAUAUUCCAAACAUUUGCAUAGUUCAGUGUUAAAAGGGAAACCUGUGCAAUUACUUUGUAUGUCUUUUCUAUGUGGUUGAAUGAUGGGAGCGUUUUAUGUUUCGACAAUGCAUUUCCUUUGUGGCCUGCUUUCCUCUGUAGCUGGCUGCCAGUAACACACAUUGACUUUCAAUUGGUAUGAAUGAAUAAACUACUGUGGAGCUCC